GGAGCCGGGAGGCUGAUCAGCUGAUCGCCCGGGCGGGAUCAGCUGGUGCUGCUGGAUCCCUUCCGCGAUUGGGUGGCAGGAAGAAGUCAGGUGAUCCAGCCUUGCAGGGCAGCGAGUAGCAGGCGCCGCGCGCGGGGCACCAUGGUGAGCCGGGGGCGCAUUGCGCGCGGGUGCCCAAAAAGGGCUUGCUGCGCCGCCUGGAGGACGGGUGCCAACGCCCUGGGGCCCCGGGUGCCCGAGCACCCACACCUUUCGGUGCCAGGGCCGCGCACUCUGCAUGGCACCCACGGCCCCGGGGACCCACGGUGGCGGGGCCAAGCUGGCACCCCUGGCUUCGAGGCAGGGGCUCCCGGGCUCCGGCGUGGGCUCAUGAAAUUGCAGCACGAGUUCUCGGGCGAGGUUCCGAACUAGGCUGGUGCCAGAGAUGGGCACCCCUGGAUGCGUGCCUUCCCUCGGGCUGGCUCCGGAAGCGGCAGCUGUCGCGGCGGGAUGCUGCAGCCCGAGUGCUGACGAUCCUGAUCCUGUCGCCGUGCGGCGCUUUUGCGUAUUCGCGCACAGCCCCGGGCUACUUGGCACAUAGCUGUCAACCUUCCCUUUUUUUGCGGGAAAUUCCCUUAUUCCAGCGCCGCUUCCCGCUGCUAUCCCGGAUUGUUAGAUAUCCCCGGGAUUAGACUGUCCCCGGGACAGGUGAGGCUGCUGAUCCCUUAUUUUCAAAUCUGAAAGUUGACAGCUAUGACUUGGCACCGGCCUCUGGGUGAGGGCGCGGUGCCACAUACACGCUGGCAGACGCAGCCAGGAGCAUUGGGAUGGGGUGGGGCGCCUGGUUCACUCCCCCUCGAAAACUCUGUGCCCGGGACCACACACCCACACCUGACACCCACACACUGUGCCCGUGGGCUACGGAAAUGCCUGCCUUACCUUUCGGGUUUUCUGCUGUCAAGAGAAUAGGAGGCUGUACAGUAUUCCGAGUUUUUUCACUGAAAUUUCCACUGAAAAGGGGAAAGCAUGUAAAGUCUCGUUCAAAUUCACUUCUCCGUGGGUUAGAUAGCCUCUUGUUUUCUGCUACAGGCUGAAAAGUGGGUUGCUAAAACAAACUCUUGACUGGCCACAGGCACUAAUGUUAUUUCUUCCAUCCAGAGGUUUCGGUUCUGCGGCGAUUUAGACUGCCCUGAUUGGGUCUUGGCAGAAAUCAGCACAUUGGCUAAAAUAGUAAGUGCUCUUCUUUUCUCUGCUAGGUGUGCAUGCCAUUUCUGUUAGGACGUGUUGGCGGUGACACUUGACCACUGGUUUCUUGUUGGACUUACUCCGAUCUCUGUAGAACUCAUGGCUGACCAACACUGAGGCCUUGUCAGCCUGUGACUCCUUUGCUGAAAGAACAGCACUGGUUGGCAACUUGCUACUGGGCUUAGUUCAAGGCCCAGUGAACUAUUAGUAUAUCCAGCCCUGAACAUCUGGGGACACAGAUGUGCCCACCCAGCCACUUUGAUCAGCAGAAUUGGCACUCUUACAUAUGCCACAUACCUACCUAUUUUGCAUCUGCAAGAAAUUGAUCUUUUAGUGUGGCAGCACCUACACAUUGGAACUCCCUGCCUUUUGAUACCAGGUAUUCUUUUGGCCAACUGCUAUAAACAUUUUUGUUUAGACAAGCCUACCCAGAUAUUUACAAAGUUGGUGGGAAUUUUAAUAGGUUUUUAGUCUAUAUUUUAUUUUAUAUUUCAAAAGUUUUUAAUUAUAAUUUUUUUCUUAUGGAUAAUUUUGUUUUAUCUUUUUUGUGUACCACUUUGAGGGUUUUCGUUUUGUUUUUUUACAAUCAGUGUAUAAAGUUUAUAGAAUAAAUAAGUAAAUAAAUGUUGUUGGAUGAACCUGCUGCAAUAUUCCACUAUAUAUCCAGCAAGCUUGAAAAAGUCAGAGUGUUGGUGGGGAGGUGUAAGUGCUUCUGUUUUCUUGGUCAGAAACAGUUGGACGCUACCCCAUCAAAGACAGCAUUAUCCACUGUCGCUUAAAAAGUCCAGGCUGUUGUGGGGACUGAUCAGCUUUGGGUGGAGUUUAUGAAAAAGCUGGUGUUACAGGCAAAAAAUCAUCAGGUGCGUUUUUGUUCAUGUUAUUCUCCUAGUCCUCAGUGAAGCUGAAGUUGAUCUGUGCCCAGGUGCUGAAGGACCUGCUUGGGGACGGGAUUGACGUAAGCCAGUUUUCUCUUGUUUGACGCGUAUUUGUGUAGACCCAACAAUCGUACAAGAUUUGAUCUUCCAUCAUACAACUUCUGGUGAUGUCUUUUGACCUCCCCCAGCCUGGGGUCAUCCUGAUGGACCUGCAGCUCCCAUCACCCCUGACCUUUGACUGGUCUGGAUGGAGCUGAUAGGAGCACCAGGUUGGGGAAGAUUGGUUUAAAGCAGGUAGGAGAUCUUCUUGAAGGCGGAUAUUUGUAUGGCCAACACUUUCAGGCUUGUGUUUUUGAAUGGGCCCUUGCAUGACUUCCUGAGAGGUCAGGAAGAGUAAACCACUCCAGAUUCAUCUGCGUAGGCCAACUGCAUUUGUCUUUUCUGAUGCUUCCUGAGCAGCAGAAGCAACAACAAUAUUGCACUGUAGCUGCAGCCCUAGAAAUUUAGGGGCAUGUCCAACUUGGAAUCCCCACAAUCCAGUUCUUCCUCCAGAAAAGUGUUUGUGUGUCGUGAUAGAGUACCCCAAAACUGGAGAUCACACUCGAAAGCGUUACAUAUUUGGGCUGGUUCCGCUUUCCCCCCCAGUUAUAUUUUCAACAACAACCUUAUGAGGUAGGUUAUGCUGAGAGACAGCAAUGGUCCCAGAGUUACCCAUUGACUUUUGUGGCUAAGCAGGUGUUUGAACCCGGAUCUCCCUGGUCUUAGCCCAAGACUCUUAGCCCCAACACCACCCUGCCUGUCCCUAGCUCAAUUUACACAUGGUUGACGUGAUUCAGGAGUCACCCCGGGAAGUGGUUUUGCAGUGGAAGCUGAGCCGCAAAUAGGACUCUUUGCCUGUGGAGGAACUGGGACUUCACGUUGCAUUGGAAGACUCAGAGGUGGUGCAGAUGUCCCAAAGUUAAGUGUGGUCUGAUCUGGUUUUUCUCUUGCAGUAUGAAAAGGUUCUAAAGCUAACGUCAGAUGCCAAGCUUGGUGAGUGUCGUUUUCUACUCUUCCCAGUAUGACUGAGUCAUGUGUUUCUCCUGCCUGAAUUCAUUGACCAACUGCUUUGAUCAGCAGAAUUGGCACUACUACAUAAUAUCUGUUCUGCAUUUGUAAGAGCUCGGUCGUUUAAUGUGAUGGUGUCUGCACUAUAGAACUCCUUGGCUCUUGAGAUCAAGUAGGUUGCCUUCACUAUACACUUUUUGGCGCCUGCUAAAAACAUUCUUGGGACUCGGGUGGCACUGUGGUGUAAACCACAGAGCCUUGGGCUUGCCGAUCAGAAGGUCGGUGUUUCGAAUCCCUGCAACAGGGUGAGCUCCCGUUGUUCGGUCCCUGCUCCUGCCAACCUAGCAGUUCGAAAGCACGUCAAAGUGCAAGUAGAUAAAUAGGUACCGCUCCGACAGGAAGGUAAACGGCGUUUCCAUGCGCUGCUCUGGUUCGCCAGAAGCUGCUUAGUCAUGCUGGCCACAUGACCCGGAAGCUGUACACCGGCUCCCUCGGCCAAUAAAGCAAGAUGAGCGCCGCGACCCCAGAGUCGGCCAUGACUGGACCUAACUGUCAGGGGUCCCUUUACCUUUACCUUAUCUUCUUCCAGAAGGCAGAAGCUGAAAGAGAUCAUUUCCAGGGUGCGUACUAUCCUGCACUAUCUCUGCAGCUUUUUUGUGGCACCAGGAAGCAUAGAUUUGAUCCAAGGUGGGAAGAGUGCACCCAGUUAUUCUCUCCGCAGUCUUUACAACCCUGGACAGCAUUGUUUUUUCCCUGGCUGUGCAGCUCCCAAACCACACACACAGACCUUAAUACACUCUCCACAGUACAAUGGUAAAAUGCCAUUGACCUGAUCCUGCAGGCUCUCACAACUGCUGCGCAUGUCUCUCUUUCUCCUCUCGGCAGAGUCUGGGGAUGUGAAGGCUACCAUUGCUGUUCUAGGCUUCAUCCUUUCCAGCGCUGCCAAACACAACGUUGAUGGCGAGUCCCUCUCCAGCGAGCUCCAGCAGUUGGGGCUGCCUAAAGGUGAGCAGAGGAGACAGAAAGGGAAGCAGUGACGAAGGGCGAAGGAGGAUCUCUAUUCCCGCCCAAGGGCCACAUUUCCUUGUGGGCCGUCUUCCGGGGAGGGACACGUGGGAGCGGUAGGUGGAGCCAGAGGCAAAUGUGGGCAGAGCAGCAAUUGUGACUUUGCAAUAUAGGCUGCAUUCCAGCUGUGCAGAAGCCUCUGAGAUGGGGAUCAUUUGCCCCUCCCAUUCCCAUGAGCCCCGGCCAGCAGAGUCAGGAAUGAUGGGAGAAGGGGGGAGCUGUAGUCCGGCAACCUCUGAAAGACCACAGGUUCCCCUGCAACAACCUGAGCCCUUGGGAGACUGGCAGUCAGCCUGCUUUCUGGGCAGUGGUGCUACAUCACAUUAAAAUGGUGGGAAGGUGUGGAGCAGGGGUAGGCAACCUAAGGCCCGGGGGCCGGAUGCGGCCCAAUUGCCUUCUCAAUGCGGCGCAUGGACGGUCCGGGAAUCAGCGUCCUUUUACAUGAGUAGAAUGUGUGCUUUUACAGUGGUACCUCGGGUUAAGAACUUAAUUUGUUCUGGAGGUCUGUUCUUAACCUGAAACUGUUCUUAACCUGAAGCACCACUUUAGCUAAUAGGGCCUCCCGUUGUUGCUGCUGCGCUGCCGCCACAUGAUUUCUGUUCUCAUCCUGAAGCAAAGUUCUUAACCCGAGGUACUAUUUCUGGGUUAGCAGAGUCUAUAACCUGAAGUGUAUGUAACCCAAGGUACCACUGUAUUUAAAAUGCAUCUCUGGGUUAUUUGUGGGGCAUAGGAAUUCGUUCAUCCCCCCCCCAAAAUAUAGUCCAGCCUCCCUCAUAGUCUGAGGGAUGGAGCCCAUGGCUGAAAAAGCUUCUUGACCCCUGGUCUAGAGUGAGAGCUCACUUUUGCACGUGUUUCGUUGUUCCCCAUCCCUCUUUGCAUUGCAGAACAUGCCACAGGGCUGUGCCGGUCCUAUGAGGAGAAGCAAAGCCCCCUGCAGGACAGCCUUAGGGGGUGCAGCCUGAGGUGUAAGUGAAGCCAUCGGAAUAGCCAUAUAUAUAUUCAUAUAUUUGAAUAUCUACCUACCUACCUACCUACCUACCUAUCAAGGCUGAAUCCUAUUGCCACCUAUCAGACUAAACAGAAUUGGAAAGAUCUGAGUGGGGGGAAAAUGCUCCUUUAAAUAUGACCUUUCUAUCUUUUAACUAUAUUUUUUACAUAAAUACAUGCCUUUCACUUUUAUUUUAAUGUAACUCCCCCCUGCAAUGAUGAGUGCACUCUCUUGUUUUCCUUAUAACUUUCCUUUACAGUACUUGCUUUCUGGCACCUAAGCUUCUUUCCGCGCUAUGAAUCUCUGUUUUAAUUCACUCUUUUUUUAAAAAAAAAAAGUUUUUUGAUAGAAGCAAAAGUAAACACGGCACGCUUCUGAAGUGAGUGUGAUUUGCAGUUAGAUUAAUUCAUUAAUUAGCAAUGUGCUUCAUGAAUCUGAGGGUGCCAGGCCUUGCGGAGCGCAUUCCUGAUCUCUCGGCAACCUCUGUCUGCAGUGAACCGCCUGGAUUCUGUCUCCUGGAGAGUGGAUUACACCCUCAGCUCCAGCGAAAUCCAGCGGGUCAACGAGCCCAUCGUGCACCUCAAGCUGAACGUGAAAGAUGUUGACCGUGGGGUACAGGAGCCUGUUGCCAUGAUGCUGUCGGCAGAGAAGUUCCGCGUCUUGCUUGCAGGUGAGAUCCCAGAAAUUAUCAUCAGGGGAGCAAGGACUGGGUUCAGGGGCACUUUUCUGCAACCAGGUCCUGCGUGUUGUAACACUCUGCCUGAACUCACGAGGGGAUGGUAGAGGGGGACACACGACAGGGAUUCUGAGGCUAUUUGCAAGGGCUGGGCAAGUUCAAGGGGAUAAUAAUAAUAAUAAUAAUAAAAAUAAAUUUUAUUUAUACCCUGCCCUCCCCAGCCAAGACCAGGCUCAAGGGGGCUAACAACCAAUAAUAAAAACAAGUUGAUUAAAAUACAACUUAAAAAACAAGAUUAAAAUGCAACAUUAAAACAUUAAGAUGCAGCCUCUUCAGAGGAGGAGAAGGAAAAAAGAAAGAAGGGGAGGGAAUCAAAUUGAUUCCAAGCCAAAGGCCAGGUGGAACAACUCUGUCUUACAGGCCCUGCGGAAAGAAAUCAGAUCCUGCAGGGCCCUGGUCUCAUGAGGCAGAGCGUUCCACCAGGCCGGGGCCAGUGCUGAAAAGGCCCUGGCUCUGGUUGAGGCUAAUCUAACUUCCUUAGGGCCUGGGACCUCUAGGGUGUUGCUAUUUAUGGACCUUGAGGCUCUCCGUGGGGCAUACCGGGAGAGGCAGUCCCGUAGGUACAUAGGCCGUGAAGGGCUUUAAAGAUCAAAACCAGUACCUUAAAUCUGACCCUGUACUCCACCGGGAGCCAGUGCAGCUGGAAAAGCACUGGGUGAAUAUGCUCCCAUGGCAGAGACCCCGUGAGGAUGAUAAGUUGGCAUCUUCACUCAACUUAUUCAAUAUUUAUUAAAUUUCUCGACGUCUCUUCACCCAAGGAUGACAGGGCAGUUUACAAUAUAAAGACACAAAAAUAUAUAACAUAUAGUAACAAGCAAACAAAAUGCCUCCCACCACACACAGUUUAAAAAGUCAUAGAUUGAUUAAUUAGCUAGAGGCCUGGGAGAAGAGGGAUGUUUUUGCCUGGAGCCUAAAGAUAUGUAACGAAGGGACCAGGUGAGCCUCCCUAGGGAAAGCAUUCCACAAAUGGGGAGCCACUGCAGAGAAGGCCCGUUUUUGUGUUGCCACCCUCUGGACCUCUCGUGGAGGAGGCACACAAAGAAGGGCCUUGGGUGAUGAUUGCAGGGUCUGGGUCAGUCCAUAUGGGGAGAGGCAGUCCUUGAGGUAUUGCAGUCCUGAACCAUUAAGGCUUUAUAGGUCGAGACCAGCACUUUGAAUUGGGCCCAGAAGCUACCGUAUUUUUUGCACCAUAACACUCACUUUUUUCCUCCUAGAAAGUAAGGGGAAAUGUCUGUGCAUGUUAUGGAGGGAAUGCCUACGGGUGGCAUGCCUACGGAUUUCCCUCCUCUAAAAACUAUGUGCGUGUUAUGGUCGGGUGCGUGUUAUAGAGCUAAAAAUAUGGUAAUUGGCAGCCAGUGCAGUCUUGCCCCACUGAGCACCCUGGCUGCUGAAUUCUGCACCAGCUGAAGUUUCUGAGCAGUCUUCAGAGGCAGCCCCAUGUAUAUUGUAUUUUUUCACCCUCUGCCCCUUCCUGUUUUGUUUUGCUUCUCCUGCUGCUAGAACUGAAGCAGGCUGAAGCAGUCAUGAAGACGCUCGACUGAGGAGCUUCCAGGAUGGGUGGUGCUGUGGCUGGAAUGAGCUUUUGCCGCAAGCUGAAAAAUCUUAAUUGGACGGUUGCUUCAGAAAGAGGGAGACCUUGCGUCCAGCAAGUUUUUCCCCAGUGACUGCAGGGCAAGAGGCUGUUACCAGAAUCCAUCCCUCUCUUCCAACUCGUUGUGUUCAAAGCCUAAGGCUGUUCUCGUUGUUUGGUUGUCUGGCCAGGGUGGGUAAUAUUUCUGAAUGCAAAUGACGGGUGUCCAUGUUUGUUUAAACAUUUUAUUUCACUGAAAGCUCUUCGCAGUCAGAAAGUUGGUGCAGUGGGGAGUGGACUGGAAUAGAACCUGUGUCCCUGAUGUGCUGGACUUCGUUGUUCCCCGCCAGGAGAGAGUUUAAGAAAUGGCACCACCUUCCCACUUUGAGUCAUGCCCUGUCAACUCAGAGCCACAGCAUGUUAGAGAACCCCACGAGUUUCUUGGGCCUUGUGACAGUGGCGCCGCAAGACCAUUGUGGGAAUCAAAAUCACCCCGCCUCAUUCUCUCAGAAGAAGGCACAUCAAUCUCAUCCUACCCUGUUCUUUUGCUGCAAAUGUUGGAAGCCCCAACAGACUUCCAUUCGUGACUUUCUUGUUCCUGUUUUCUUAGAGCCUUCUUCCCCUAUUGCAGGGACAUUGACCUGUAAUCCUCCAGAUGUUGUUGGACUACAACUCCCAUCAUCCCUGGCAGUGCUGGCUGGGACUGAUGGGAGUUGGAGUCCGGCAACACCAGGAGGGCUACAGGCCCUUCUUCUCCAAGUAGAAGAAACCUGGUCUGUUCCUUCUGUUUUCCAGCAACCCAUCCGUGUGUGGAUUGUGGAAGGAAAGACAAAAUAGCCUGUCCUCUCUCUUGCCAGAUUCUUGAUUUUUUUUGUCCUGUGAAGGCUCUUUGUAUCACAGGAAAGAGAAAGGUACGUGUGUCGACAUCUCUCCAUGUGCUUGAACCUUCAUAUCUUUAAAUCCCAAAGGUUGCUCUUUGUAGUGUUUCUAUAUUUUGCAGAACGGGAGAAAAUUAAAUCUCACUACACCCAGAA